CAACGACGGGUCCAGACAUUGCUUUAUGUCGAGGCGAUGAAAACAAUGCCUCCUUUCUACAAUGCGACUUUUGUCAAGCCCAUGUCGUGGAUUAUGGUCAUGGUAGUGACAGCAAGUGUGGCGGCUUGCAUAGCACCAUUGUUAGCCUGCACCCACAUCGCAGAAGCGAUCUGCAAACACAUUUCCAUGACACAUCCCUGCCUCUCCAGGAGACUUCCUUUCCCGUCUGGGAUUUUUCGGUCAGAGAUGCUGCCCGCAUAUGGCACAGGAGCCCGACGCCACGUCUCUGGGACAUCUCAUCGAGGUAUGGCGUCUUACUUGCGCAUGGCAGUACAGCAUAUGUUGGAGAAACGGCCAACCCGACAGCCUGGGCAUCCCGUAGUGUCGUGCUACUGUUUCUGAAAAUCACCCGCAGGAUGGACUGGGGAUUGGGAGGAGGAAUGGUGGAGGCGUCAUUCGGGCCCCGAAGUUCCCACCUAUACCAGGUUGCAUCCGGGCCAGGCCAACUGAAGAAGCAAAUCGCUAGCCACGAUAGGUUGCCGAUAGGUGAGGUUCGAAAAUUGCCAGGGUUACUCGAAUUCUUUGUGAGACGAGUUCGAGUCGAAGCGGCCUGUGUUUCCACAAUGGGCGGAUUACAGCGUACCGGCUGCAGCUACUCGCAGUUUUGCGGUCGAGGUGCCUUACGUCAAAGUUGGUAGCGAGAUUGCUCGAGGAAAGUGCAUUGGUAAUUCUGGAGACCUUAUUUUAGCUUCGCAACUGGAGGCAACCACGCAAGACUGGAAGCAGCUUCCCUAGUUCCUGCC